AUGGGGAUGGAUGCAGGUGGAGGCGGAUGGGAUGGGGAUGGAGGUGGAGGCGGGAAGAUGGAGGUGGGAGGGACGGGGAUGGAGGCAGAUGGGAUGCAGGUGGAGGUGGACGAGACGGGGAUGGAUGCGGGUGGAGGUGGAAGAAGGCGGGUGGGGGCGGGUGGAGGGGGAUGGGGGCAGAUGGAUGGGAUUCAGGUCGGAUCGGGAUCAGGGCGGCUGAAGGAAGAUGGAGGUGAACACGAGGGGAUGGGGAUUGGGCGGAUCAGAGGGGGCGGGGGCGGAUGGGGGAGGAUGGGAUGGGGAUUGGGCGGAUGGGGAGGAUGGGAUGGGAUUGAGCGAUGGGGGAGGAUGGGAUGGGGAUUGGGCGGAUGGGGAGGAUGGGACGGGAUUGGGCGUAUGGGGGAGGAUGGGACGGGGAUUGGGCGGAUGGGGGAGAAUGGGACGGGGAUUGGGCGGAUGGGGAGGAUGGGACGGGGAUUGGGCGGAUAG